AUUGCCUGCCAUUCACAACUCGCUUGUGCGGGAGACUACGCACUACUUGAAAAACUCUCCUUACUUGUAACCAUCUGAUGUGGGCAUAAGAAACGGUUCUGUUAUGAUACCAUGCCGAAAGUCCGCAAACGCAAAGUCCCGGUAACGAGAACGAGCACAAACACCUCCGCAACGAAAUCCCCCGAGGCGACAGCUGCAAUCAUACGCAGAUUCCACGUCCUUAUAAAACGCCGGGCUCAACUGAUUGCGCAAAGACCUGGACGCCAGCAAGCUACGCUCGUGAGUGGCAACCAGAAGGGGAAGAGGCGCGCUAUCGAUACCAACGCCGCGGAGCUGGAGCAGAUUGACAAAGAGAUCGAGGAACUCGGAGGACUGGAUGAGUACCAACGAAUGUCGACCAUCGGACAGGGACAGGACCGAGGCGGAGGCAGCGAACGUGUUUUGAUCCUCUGGCUACAAGAGCUAGGUUAUGGCCCUAACCGCCCUCCAGGACGAAUGGCGGGAGUUACCCGUCUCAAGUUACUGGAAGUCGGCGCUUUGAAACCAGAUAACUACCGGUCAUGCCAAGAUUGGAUAAAUGCGACACCAAUGGACCUUCACUCUCGGCAUCCGGAGAUCCUAGAGCAGGACUUCCUUCUGAUGGAUCAGGAUCUAAACCGCGCGCAAUGGGACGUCAUCAGUCUGAGCUUGGUCAUUAACUUCGUCCCAGACGCAAAGGAACGAGGGAAAAUGCUACGUAUUGCUCGUAACAUGCUUCGCCCCGACGGGUUACUUUUCCUUGUUCUCCCGCUACCAUGCGUCGCGAACUCGCGGUAUCUAACGUUUGAGCACAUGCAAGCAAUCAUGAGCACAUUGGGCUUCGCACAGAUCAAGGAACGUUGGCGGCAUGGCGGCAAGAUGGCUUAUUGGCUGUACCAAAAGACCGAUGUGAACGAGAACGUAUCGAUGACAUUGGGAAAGAAGGCAGUGCUGAGACAAGGUGGUUCCAGGAAUAAUUUCUCUAUCCUAUUAUGACUUCGGAGCACUGCAGUGCCGUCUAUCUUCUGCUUCGCCUGGAACGCGGAAAACAGCCCUUUCCAGUUAGCAUAUUCCGUCGCGGUCUACGCAGUAUAUGAUAUCUUUCUCCUAACGUUUUCCGUCCAUGAACUCAUGCUUG